UUCAAUUCUGUAACCUAAUUUCCUAGUUCCUACGUUUUUCACCUCUACGAUUGCCCAUCGCAGCUCGUCCAUCUCCGCCGCCGGCGUCGGCGUUUUCCACCGCCACUCCGUCAUCAGUUCAACGCCGAAGAGUGGAUUCGAAGCCUCAAAACGGUGCUGAGUUGGAGCCAAGGGUACUCUCUUUGUGUAGUGGAAAGGUAUUGCAGUUGAAAUUCACAAUAUCAAUUCCAAGGUUCACGAUUUUGACAGUGAUCACUCGGAGGCAUUACAGCGGCAGAGAGAAAUGGACGGUUUGAGGGUUUUGCAAGGUGACGCGAUAAGAGUUUUCAAUGAAGGGAUUGGUUUGGUUCUGAGUCGGUGGUCGGCGCUUCAAACAGCCGUUGAGAACGAAUGGGGUGGCCGUGAUUCCAAGCUCAAAGCUCAUCAACUCGCCGAUGACGUGCUUUCUUGGUUCACGAAAUCCAAAGAGCCGCGUUAUAUCGAUGACCUCGAAGCCAUACUUGAUGAAGGCAUGCUUUCACUAAACGUAGAGGUUGAGGAUGGAAGCGUCGAAGAGGUAGCUGAAAAUCUGAUGGUUAUGCAUGAAGAAUGCUUAGAAGGUAAUUUUAGGUCUAUUGAGAUUCUCAAGGAAGCCAAUCUUAAACAAGCUGCUCAUCCUCGUGUAGCACAGAUUGUCAAUGAUGAUGAAGAUGAAGAUGAAGACGAUGAUAAUGAUGAAAACAUCAUUGGGGCUAGUAACUCUUCAAACAUGGAUGUGGACAUUCCAAAAUCUGAAUCAGACAUGAAUUCAGUAAACAGGCCAGUUAAUGGGACUCUUCCAAAGGUUGCAGCUGAAGCUGAUGAUGAAUGGACUGUUGUUUCAAACAGGAGAAAUAAGGGUAGAAAAAAUUAGAUGAAUAAACAAUUAAAAUUUUCUUUUUUAAGUAUAUGUAGUCUUUCUAUGUUUUCUUGUGCCUUUUCAGUUAUUGCAAACCUUCCUAGGGUGUGUAACUAUGUAUCUGAAAAUUUUGUUUCUUAUUUAAAGGAAUCCAUCUUGUGAGGUCUUUAGAGAUGAAGUGGAUGAACACGUAUUUGGGGACACUCUACAAAACUUGUUUUUUUCUUUUAUCUAUUAGACAUUGUAUGUUUUUUUCUCAGAUAUUAUUUGUCCGACUCUGCCUACUUUUGUUA